UUUUGUAUAAAAGUCGCGUAUUUUAAUACCGCUUAAUUUUCAAAACAAUUGCAAUUUAUUCUUUGAGUAAUUAGCUAUCGAACGACAUGCAACUUGCCGGGUAUUCAUGCUUUAUUUCUAAAAAAUCAAUUUUUCUAUCACACGUUCUCGCUAACACCAUCAAAUGUAAACUUGUCUGUUUAUGGAAUUAUUCAUCAACUUAAGAAACAUUUUGAUUGAAAAAAAGUUACAAAACCUCUCGAAUGACAUUCUAAGAUGAUUUUAUGGGUUAAAUCUAUCAUUUAGAAGUUAUUGAACACAUUUAAAAUCUAAGAAAAACGAAACUCCAAGCUGCCUUCAAUGACUCGGUUGUAUGUAUCGGAAUAAUUUGCAUCAUGUGUGAAGUACGGUGUCGACCAAACAUCAGAUUAUUGAAAGAUUGGAAUUUUUGUGAUAUUAAAUUAAUAUUUUUUGAUUUUCUGCAUUUUGAUAACCAUUUACAUGCGCAUUGAUAAGGUUGAAAUUGGCGGGACUAACUGUGAAUGCUGCCACGGUAGUUCUUUCAUUUCACUUCGGUCUACCAUCGGGUGCGGACAUGGCUUGCUGCUGUUAGCUUCACAUCUUCAAUUUGCAGCAACAACUUAGAAUAUCUUUAUUAUAAUUUAUAAAAGAUUUACCGCUGCUGCGGAUUGACUAUGCUCUGUAGAAGAUCAAAAGUUAAACCUGCCAUGAACAAUGUGUUAAAGGCUGAUAACAAAAAAAGAAAACCCCAAGAUACUUCUAAUGUGACUACAGCGGCUAACAAGAAAAAGCGAAGAUAUCAAAUAAAGAAUCAAUGGUUAUCGAUAAUAGAUAAACCUAUGGUUGCCACUUGUUCCAUUGUCCCUGCACCCGAAGAUCCUGGUUCAACAGCAAGUACCAGUAGACAUUCCACCCAACCAGAAUUAGUUGGCGGCUCUCAUUUUCGUUUUCAAAAUUUUCUUGUAACUCCAAACAAUGCAAAACAUUCGCCCCUUCCUAAACUCAGCUGGGCUGAUUCCCAUGAAGUUUGGCAGGUUAUGUUGGAAAAGGAACACAGUUAUACUAAAGAUCCAUGUAUGCUGGAUCGACAUCCCUCUUUACAGUCCAAGAUGAGGGCAAUUUUAUUAGAUUGGCUUAUUGAGGUGUGUGAAGUAUAUAAGUUACAUCGAGAGACCUACUAUUUAUCACUCGAUUUUAUAGAUCGUUAUUUGUCAAAAGAAAAGUGUGUGAUUAAACAUCAACUUCAACUUAUAGGAAUCACUUCACUGUUUAUUGCAGCCAAGUUAGAGGAAAUUUAUCCUCCAAAACUUUCCGAUUUUGCUUAUGUCACUGAUGGUGCUUGUUCUGAUGCAGAAAUCUUGAACCAAGAACUAGUUAUGCUAAAGGUGCUGAGUUGGGACUUGUCUCCGAUGACAGUGACUGCUUGGUUAAAUGUCUACCUUCAACUUGUUAAUGUUGAUAAAAUAGCCGAAGAUGGUUUUGACUUCCCACAAUAUUCCUCAAAUGUUUAUAUUCAAAUAGCACGGUUAAUAGAUUUGUGUAUGUUAGACAUUUCUUGUCUGCGCUUUACAAGCAGUGUGAUAGCAUCCUCAGCCUUGUAUCAUAUGGCUUCCAAGUCUGUAGCAUUAGCAGUGUCAGGAUUAUCCAUGACCGAUUUGCUUCCCUGUAUACAAUGGAUGAACCCCUAUGCUAUUACACUUCGCGAGGCAGGUCCAGUAGAACUGAAGUUUUUUCCAAUGGUGCAUAUUGAUGAUAGUCACAAUGUUCAGACACAUGCUGUUGAUCUAGAUUUGUUGGAAAAGGCCCAUUUAAAAGAAGCUGAACUGAAAUCAACGAUGCAAUAUGAUACGGAGUCCUGUUCAGAAGCUGUAUUGUUAACCCCUCCACAAAGUGAUAAGAAAGAAGUGUCGACUGAUGCGCUAAUGUCAUUAUUGUCCACUCCUGACAGAUCCUUAUCAGAAGUCACAUCAACAUCAUCAUCAUCUCCUUGAUCACAUAGGGCAGUCACCUGACUACACAUUACAUGUUACCUUUCUCUUUAAUUUGGCGGUGCUUGCUCAUAAGUUUGGCUGUGCACUGCUACUGAAGACCUGGCUGAGGCUAUUGCAGAUAAUCCUUGGAUUAUAUACAGCAGUUCUAAACCUGACAGUGUGCUAGCACCUUGGCCUGUCCUUCACUCGUCCUGUCUUGGAUCAUUACUACUAUUCCCUGUUACCAUACCUGAUGCAUUGCAAACAUGUGACGGAUUUUUUUUGUACUCCUGAUGGAAUGAAUAGCCUCGUAUUUAUUUCCUCUGGACAACUCAAAAGUCUUUGUCCUUCCCCGUACCAAAUUUAUAGUUUUUGCUGAUUUCCAUCUUAAAGAGAACCCAAUGCAUGAAUGUUAACCCCCCCCUUCCACCCCACUCUUUCUGUGACCAAAAAAGGGACAGUUGAACAUUUGAGAAUUAUUUCUACCUACAUCACAAGUUUGUGGUUCAUUAUAUGAAAUUUAGUUGGAUUCAUUUACACAUUGCAGACAUGGCAAUGUCAGGUGAAUUCCAUCCUUUUUGUAAAUAUGUUUGUACAUACUUCAGUUACCUGGAUGGCUUUGACAUUCAGGUAAUGACUGUAAAUAGGGUUAUUUUCAAAGCAUCACAUUAUUUAAAACAACAAAAAAAAGUCUAUUGAAAAAACAAACAAAAAUAAAACCUAGUAUUUUGCCUGCUCUUUACUGCCAUUAUUCUCUGAAUAUAUCAGUAACUCCUAUGUGCAAAGCAGCCUGGUGUUGGCUGAUGCCCUCCUGAGGACUUUAAAAUAGCAAGUGCUGUGAGGGGUGGGUGGGUGGGUAGAUAAGUGUAUAAAGUGACAUGCACUGUAAAUAAAAUAUUUAAAUUAAAAAAAA